GUAGAGGUGCUGCCUCCUCCAUUACCACACGAGGGCAGCCUCGUCCCCUCCAAAGCCUGGGACGGGCCGGGCAUUGCCGUCUGCAGGUCACGCACGGAGUAGCUCGCGCUGCACUGACGUGACUUCCCGCGGGAGCCCGCACCUGCCGCUCCCGCUCGUUACUGCGCACCUCCCCGCCGGAGCUCCUCCCCCUCGCGCCGUCUUGUCAGCUGGUGUGGCCGAAAUAAGUCAAGAGGCCGUUACCUUUUUGAUACAGUGUGAAUGAAUGUGGUACAGAUGUAAACAGCGUUCGCUGCCAACUUCGCUCCCCGCACUGGCAGAGGCGCCAAUGGCGCCCCCGCCCCGGUACUGGGCAGUCCUGUGCCUGCGCGGCGCGCCCUCUCCUCACGGCGCAUGCACAGGAGCCUCACAAAGACGUGCACAACUCACGUAGUUCCCCGUCAUAGAGCGGCUCGCGGCCGGCCACAAGGUUACUGGUUACUUUAUACUUUGAAUUGCCAGUCUCCAGGAAGGACACCUUCUUCUUUGUACAUGGAUUUUUUUAUAAGCAUGUCUGAAACACUGAAAUAUAAUGAUGAUGAUCAUAAGACUGUAUUUUUAAAGACGCUGAAUGAGCAACGACUAGAAGGUGAAUUUUGUGAUAUCGCCAUUGUUGUUGAAGAUGUGAAGUUCAGGGCACACAGGUGUGUACUUGCUGCCUGCAGUACAUACUUUAAAAAACUUUUCAAGAAACUAGAAGUUGACAGUUCAUCCGUCAUAGAAAUAGAUUUUCUGCGGUCUGAUAUAUUCGAGGAAGUUCUUAACUAUAUGUAUACAGCAAAAAUUGCUGUCAAGAAGGAAGAUGUCAAUUUGAUGAUGUCUUCUGGUCAGAUACUCGGUAUAAGGUUUUUGGAUAAGCUGUGCUCUCAGAAACGGGAUGUUUCGACAGCUGAUGAGAAUCCUUCAUCUCCGAAAAAUAAAUAUGCUUAUGAUACAAGCCUAAAAAUAAGUCGUCAGGUUGGUGAGUCCAAUGACAAUCAAGAUGAUGAAGUAGAAGAAAUUGGAGAUCACGAUGAUAGUCCUUCAGAUGACACAGUUGAAGGGGCGGCUCGGGUCCAUGAAGAGGAAAAGUUGCCUACAUCUACACUGAGAGUUCAGGAAGCAAUCCUUAAAGAAUUAGGUAGUGAAGAAGUACGAAAAGUGAAUUGCUACGGUCAGGAAGUUGAAGCGAUGGAGUCAACCGAACCUAAAGAGUUGGCUCCACAAACCCCACAGGCUCUGACUUUUAAUGAGGGCAUUAAUGAAGUAAAAGAUGAGCAAGCACCAGCAUGGACCACCGCAACAGGAGAUAUGAAAUUUGAGUAUUUGCUUUAUGGCCACAGGGAACAAUUUGCAUGCCAAGCAUGUGGUAAGACAUUUACUGAUGAAGCGCGUUUACGAAAGCAUGAGAAAUUACACACAGCAGAUAGACCAUUUGUGUGUGAAAUGUGUGCCAAAGCGUUUACUACCCAGGCUCACCUAAAAGAACACCUGAAAAUCCACACUGGCUACAAACCCUACAGUUGUGAAGUAUGUGCCAAAUCCUUUAUCCGAGCACCAGAUCUUAAAAAGCAUGAAAGGGUACAUAGUAAUGAGAGGCCAUUUGCAUGCCAUCAUUGUGAUAAAGCCUUCAAACACAAAUCUCAUCUCAAAGAUCAUGAAAGAAGACACCGCGGAGAGAAACCAUUUAUUUGUGCUUCAUGCACAAAAGCAUUUGCCAAGGCCUCAGAUCUGAAGCGCCAUGAAAAUAAUAUGCACAGUGAACAACGCAAGCAAGUGACAACUAGUGCCAUACAGAGCGAGACCGAGCAAUUACAGGCAGCAGCGAUGGCUGCUGAAGCAGAACAGCAACUGGAAACCAUAGCUUGUAGUUAAAAAUGCAAUCAAGUUUGUGAUCCUGUAUUGCUAUGUUAACAUUACACUGGGUACAGAUGUGUCUGUUUUCUGUUUUUAGCAAAAAUCUUACACUUGACAGCUGAAGGUAGAGAAAUCAUUAAGUGGGUUGUUCAGGACUUAAAGGGUAUUCCUAUCUUGGACAUUGAUGGCAUAUCUCUAGAAAAUCCAUGUCAGAUAGGUGCAGGCCCACUUCUAGGACCCGCCUGUAUCUCCGGAACCCCUGAAGCGAAGGAGAGCACACCAAGUAUGCACGGUGUGCUUUUUAUUCGCUGCUGUUGGAGUUCCAAAUAUAGAAGGGCGAGUGCUUUUUUCGGAAGUCACAUAGCGGCGAAUGGAGAAUGGACCGCGCAUGCAUGGCCAUCUCUCCAUUCACCGCUAUGGGACUGCCAGAAACAGCCAGCACUCUGCUACUUUCGGAACUCCCAUAGCAAUGAACGGAGGGCGGCCGCCUAUGCUCGGCUGCUCUUCCUUCACUUCAAGGGGCCAGUUCUGGAAAUAAGAAGAAGACCCAGAACUAUUGGACAUUGGCAUGUGCUAGCAAUAUGCCAUCAAUGUCUGCAAAGGGCAUACCUCUUUAAUUAUUGUUGACCUAUCCUCAGUAUCAGAUCUGUGUAGUCCAGCUGUUUUUUAAAGGUCUCCAGAAUGUAAAAUAAAAAAUUGAUACUCCGCUUACUGAUUCCUCAGGACUCCCAUUCCAAUGCUUCACAUCCCUGCCAGUCCUGGGCUUUCUCAACGCACAGUAAAUGUCAGUUUAGCUAAUCACUUGAAGUAGAGACUGGUGGGGAUCGAUAAGGUGAGUGUGACUUAGGGCUCAUUCAGACGACCGCAUGAAUGGGUCUGCAUACGUUCCGCAAUUUUGCGGAAUUGGCACGGACCCAUUUAUUUCAAUGGGGCCGCAAAAGAUGCG